AUGUGCCCGCGGCCUGUCGUGGCUGGUAUCCUUGGUCUCCUUGUGAUGGAGACCUGGCCUGGCUGUGAGUGGUCCGCGGCCCGGGAGGCUGUCGGGGUCCACCUGCUGGAGGAUGUUUUGCUGGGCCUACAAGUCUGCUGUACCAGGGGCCGGGAGUCAGAAGAGGUGGGAGUGAUUACUGCAGCGUCUGCUCGUUCUGACCCGGGGGAUUUUUCCCAACCGGCGUCGUGCAGCCAGCUGCAAAGCAUCACUUUUCAGAGACAAGAGGAAGAAUAUUUGAAGCUGACUGUGCGCUGCAGGCCCUGUAUCUUUGUUCUGGGGCAUAACUGCAGUGCCCGAAGUAAGGUAGUUAAUGCGCUUUUGGGUGAUCCUGUUCUACCAGUUGGAGUAACUUGUGACCCAGAGACCUGUAAGCGAAGGCGCAUUCGUUUCCGACAUGGAAAACAGACUUUGGUGAGUUUGGCACUGCCAGAGCAAUAUGAACUAGUUCAUCAACUGGUAGCUCAUAAAGGUAAAUGGGAUACCAUUCCAGAAGAGGAUUUGGAUAUACCAGAGAAUGAAGAAGACCCUGCACACAGAAUGGCUGAGCUAGAAGUCACAUUACCCUACCAACUGCUACAGGAUGUAGACAUAGUGGUUUCUCCUUGCCGGGGCUCCCAGCCUGCAACUUCUACUCUGGAAGACUACAUUGACCAUGUUCAGCCUGUCCUUGUAUAUGCAAUAAGUGAGGACCUUCUAAAUUCUCAAGAUGAAGAGGAACUUAAUGAUAUGAAGACAAAAUAUAAACUACCUGUGAUUUUUAUUCGGACAAACCCCAAGGACAAACUGAUCUGUAGUCCAGAUGGUGGAAAUUCUGCACUGCACGAGCAGCUGACAGAACUUGGAUAUUUAAAAAAAGGUAUAUGUAGUUGUGGAGCUGCUGGGUCAGGCAGCCCAGCUCCAAGUGUUUUAGUUGAGCAGUUUGAGAAGCUUCGUCAACUAAGUAACUUCUCCCGUCAAGUUCUGCAGAUGCACCUGGUUGAUGCAGCAAUGGUUCUUAACAUGGUGCACAGUCGAUGUCUGGACAUAUUCAUCAAUAAGGCUUUUGAUAUGCGUAGGGACCUUCAGAUUACUCCGAAGAGACUGGAGUACACACGCCAAAAAGAGAGUGAGCUGUAUGAGUCUCUAAUGCGCAUUUCUGAUCGUAAGCAAGAGGAACUAAAGGACAUGAUCGUGGAAACCCUAAACAGCAUGAGAGAACAACUUCUUGAGGAUGCCGCCAACAUGCAGUUUAAAGAUAUUUCUAUCCCACAGAAUGGAGAACCUAUUGGAGCACAGGAAGUAAAGAGCUGCAUUUAUCAGAUCAAAGAACUGAUAAUUUCACGUCUGAACCAAGCUGUUGUAAACAAGCUUAUUAGCUCAGUGGACUAUCUCCGGGAAAGCUUUGUUGGCACAUUAGAAAGGUGUCUUCGUAGUUUAGAAAAAUCCCAGCAAGAGUCCUCUAUGCAUGUCACGAGCACCCAUUUAAAGCAGAUAUUGAAUGCUGCAUACCAUGUGGAGGUCACAUUUAAUUCCGGAUCCACUGUCACCAGAAUGGUGUGGGAGCAGAUUGUACAGAUCAUACAGCGCAUUACAUGGGUCAGCCCUCCUUCUAUCACAACAGAGUGGAAGCGCAAAGUGGCUCAGGAUGCAAUUGAGAGCCUGAGUGCAUCCAAGCUUGCUAAGAGUAUCUGCAGUCAAUUCUGCAAGCGCCUGAAAAGCUCUCAUGAAGCAUUUGCUGGUUCCCUCAAGCAGCUGGAAGUUGGCCACUCUGGCAGGCUGGAGAAAACAGAAGAUCUUUGGUUAAAGGUUCGUAAAGAAUAUGCGCCACGUUUAGCCCGUCUGUCACUGGAGAGCAGAUCUCUGCGGGAUGUUUUGUUGCAUGGAAAACCAAAGCUGGGCCGUGAGCUAGGAAGGGGCCAGUAUGGUGUGGUUUAUCUAUGCGACAGCUGGGGUGGGCACUUUCCUUGUGCUUUGAAAUCUGUGGUACCUCCAGAUGAUAAACAUUGGAAUGAUCUUGCUCUUGAAUUUCACUACAUGAGGUCACUGCCUAAACAUGAGCGAUUGGUUGAUUUGCAUGGCUCUGUGAUUGAUUACAAUUAUGGAGGAGGCUCUAGCAUUGCGGUCCUUCUAAUCACAGAACGUCUUCAUAGAGAUCUUUAUGCAGGACUUAAGACUGGCCUUUGUUUAGAAGAACGGUUACAAAUUGGUUUAGAUGUGGUGGAAGGCAUCCGUUUCCUGCACAGUCAGGGCCUGGUCCAUAGAGACAUAAAACUGAAGAAUGUUCUGCUGGACAAAAAGAACAGAGCAAAGAUCACAGACCUGGGUUUCUGCAAGCCAGAGGCUAUGAUGUCUGGCAGCAUUGUGGGAACGCCUAUACACAUGGCACCGGAACUUUUUUCAG